CCGCGGCCGGAGCAGGAAGAAGAAACGCGACUUUUUCGGCGCCAUGAGGACCCGGUUCAAUAGAUCCAAGUUCAGGUCCAAGUCGAUCGACGCCAACCAGCACGACAAGUAUAGCGAUUUGUACGGUCUGUCGCCGGGGCAGGCGCGAUCGAUAUCGGCGGACGGCACCAGAAACUCUUCCGAACCGUCCAUUGAUUUACUGGCACCACCUAGGGCCGGGUCGGCAAGGUCGAGCCUGAGCGAAAUGUCUGGAGCCAGCGGUACUUCAACGGGAACCUAUCUGAACGAAGCGUCGACGCUGGUGUUGGAGACGACGGAAAACAACUUGAAAAAGCAUUAUUUGGUUCCGUUCACUCAAGCCAAGAAAAGCAAGUGGAAGAGGGCUGGAGUUAAACUGCACAUAUACAACGAUCACACGUUUGUAGCCAAACACUUGUCCAGCCGCCUCAAUUGCUUGGUGUGCGCGAAAUACUUCCCGAGGCGUAUCGGCAAACAGGGAUACGAGUGCAGGGAUUGUCUGAUCAAAUGCCACAAGGAAUGUCACGUCAAGGUGUCGGUGGUGUGCACCAAUUCAAAAAUUCAUAAUAUCGACCUGAAUAACUUAACGGUAUUGCCAUCGAUAUCGGCAUAGUGACGAGGCAGCCAGCCGCGUCGGAUGUGUCUCACGUCAUCGUCCGUUCACGUUCACGUGCACCUCCUCCACCCGCUAAUAAUUUCGUAACAAUAUUCAUUGAUGAUGUCAUACAUAUUAUUAUCAGAGCAUAAUUGCACCACAUUGUUUUGUACCCAUAAGAUAACCUUAUUAUAUUUGUGUACAUCGACCAUAGCAGCGUUGUUAUAAAUAUAUCGCAGGAGCACAACCGUAUAAAAACAUAUUACGAAAACCGGGCGGUCGAUACCUACGCUCGCGACAUUAUAUCCGACGCACACAUGUUUUAAACCUCGGAGGCGACGACAACAGCGAUAGUCGUGGCGAUACUAAAACAACGACGAUAACAAUAAUAAUAAUAAUUAUAAUGAUAACAGUAGUGCCUAAUUCAAAAAGUAGUAUUUAUUUCGCUUAAACUUCAACAGCUCGUAUCUCAGUUUUGUUUUAGUUUCUUAACACGAUCGGAACACAUACCGAGGAGCAUUUAAAUCAUAUUUUAUUCUCAACGAACGCAAUGCACUGGUAACGUCCGUCGAGUUCUAAUAUUAUAUUCUGCGCAAAAAAAUUGUGCAUUUCCAAACAAAUAUUUUAGUUGAAAUCGAAAUAUGUUACACGAGACGCUUGUAGUGACAAAAACAAUGACAUUAACGAGAUAGGCUGUUUUAAUAAAUCGCUAUGUAUGGAUUUUAAAAUAGUAAGUCUUUAAAAUCAAUUUGUUUUCCCUUUGAACUAACAAAACGAAACACAUUUUGACAUUGGCGGGCACCACACGUUUAAGUGCCACGCGACAAUUAUUCUCAACAACCAUUCAUCGCGCUUAAUAAUAGGUAUAUUAUUAUUGGUCGCGUUCAUCGGCCUAUGUACUGCGGACCACUCAUUCCACCCCACACACACACACACACACACAACCGAGAGAGGAAGAAUAAUAUAAAGUAGUGGAUGGCGGAGGAAGCACUACACUUUGUUUUCCGUCCGUUUCCUUUAUUAACCAUACUAACAUAUUACCGUGCAUAAAAGUCGGCCAUACGCAGUUUAUCACGUCAUAAAUAAAACAUAUUAACGAGGUUUGUCGCAACACGAUUUUUCAUUUUAUAGGCGGACACUGCGUGUUUAACAGUUUCAGUCUCUUUUCUCGCUCACGUCGAUCGACAUUUCUCUCUCUCUCUCUCUCUCUCUCUCAUCCCUGUCCACGGGUUGUAAGCAUACAGUCCAGAUACGUCGUGUUGAUGCGCAAUAGACCUUAAUAUGCUCAUAGACCGAACGCGGUGAAAGGUGGCUGCGCUGCACUUUCGUUUCACACUUCUGCGCACGAGCGAAUGACGAAAUAGGUAGUGUUUAGAAUAUGACGUGUUAUUGUGACGGUAAUUAUUAUCGUGCCGUAUUCUGGUCAUAGACGUUAUAAUAUUAUAGCAUAGUUUUCUACUACAAAAACUGUUCGGACUGCGGUGUUCUUAUUUUGAUUUAGUUCGUUUUGAUUUGGUAUGAUAAACACUAAAUGAAGUAAAAUAUAAUUUAUAAAACCGCAUAAUAUUAUAUGGUAAUAUUGUUAACAACAAUAUUUUUGGUCGCCGCAGCUGGCAAGCCAGGAAUGACCGCACUACCCGUCUAUGAGCACAAGGUCUAUGGUUGAUACAAGGUUUUGAUAAAUGCGUUGUUGUCGUUUUCUCAAGCUAUACAGUGUAACCACACAAGUUACCAAAAAAUAAAAAUAAAAAUAAAAAUACACGGGACAAAACAUUUUCGGAAACAUUUUUACCGCGAAUGACGAUAUAGUAAUCAUAAUUCGUAAAAUGUUGAGAUACCGGCUGUUGCAGUAUAUAAGCGACAUGGUGAGAGGUGACACCUAACUAAAUUAUUUAGAAGUAGUAACAUCGACACGGCGAGACGUGGACGAGGAAGAAAGGUUGUUGAUGGAGACGACUAACCUAAAGCCGCUGUCGUAUGAACCGUGUAAAUAUAUAGGUAUUAUUAUGUUAAAGGGUAGGAAAGGG